UUCUUUUCUCCCGUCUCUGCGGAUUCCACACUACAAAAUGGGUACAACAAAGAUGCUGCUCACGGCGCUCUGUCUAUCUGUAAUGAUCUGUGCCUGUGCUUCACGAAGAUGGAACGGACCAAGACCUAAGCCUAGCACCCGCUUUACAGAAGCUUGUGCAAUUUUCGACAACGUGAAGAUACGCGAAAAAGCCCCCAGGUGCAACAAAAAUGUUCUGGAUAAAGUUGCCGAUUUGGACGAGAAGGUCAAUAUUUUCCCUUACCAAUACAUGAGACGGCUCUACCGGUGGGCCCGAAACGGAAUGCUGUGCUACGCCCAGACUGGUCAAGCAAUCGAAGUGUCGGGACCUUGUGAGGCAAUGGAACUCUCGUGCAGUAGCCGUGACCCCAAACCAGUCGACCACUGCUGGAGGGUGACCGGUGCAGCCAAACCACCUGGCCGCCCCCAGGCUCCUCAGAAUCCUCAGGCUCCUCCACCGAACCCCCCGGGUCAUCUGUAAAUCUGUGACGCCUUCUACUCGACAAAC